GAAUGUAAUGAAGUCAAAGAGAAGUACGAUACAUGCUUUCUGAAGUGGUAUUCUGAGAAGUAUCUGCGAGGAAACUCAUCCACAGAUGAGUGUGAGCCGCUGUUCAAGCAGUAUAGGAGCUGCUUGACCAAGGCGCUCAAAGACAAGGGCAUAGACUCGAUGUUGGCAGAAACUCGAGAGGGCACCGCAGAGACUGAUGCCGAGCAUCUGCGGCGGUGA